UUUCAAAUGUGAUACUCGGAUAUACCUCUGAGAAAAGGAAUUGUUGGUUAUCUUUGUCACGAUCAAACUCGAGCAAUUCCUGCCUGUAUUUGGUACGAAACCGAAGGCCUGGUUCGCACAGCACAGUUUUGGCUAUGGCGCUGCAAAUGAAAGCAAACUGUUGCGCUGCCGCAGCACCACUUCCAUUCCGGCGGUGUCUAAGUCCAUUCAGCAGCCGCGUGUCCUUCCAACCAUCACAAAAAGUUUCUCGGUUCACUGUGUCGUGUGUUGUUAAGAAAAGCCCUAAACGCCUCAAGUACGCUACCCCUCGUUUUCCCAAGGAGGAUGGAUUGCUCUACAUUGAAGUUGAUCCUAAUGGAGCAGACACAUGGAAAGUGGAUUCAGCUGUGGAACUUCUUAAAAAGGGAGCUGUUGGUGUGAUUCCCACAGAUACUGUGUAUGCUAUGGUUUGUGAUAUGACUAAUCAUGAUGCCAUUGAACGUCUUCGAAGGUUGAAAGAGGUUGAAGCUUCAAAGCCAUUUAGUAUUUUGUGUCGUUCCCUCCAUGACAUUGAUACAUAUACGACUGGAUUCCCUCGUGGGAACAGUGAUGGUAUUUCAGACAUUUUCAGAGCUGUGAAACAUUGCUUACCUGGACCUUACACGUUCAUCUUAACUGCAAGCAAAGCAUUACCAAAACAGUGUAUAAAAUACGGAACCACAACUUCUAAAUACGCAUAUAGGAAAAAUUUGGGUGUCCGCAUACCUAAUGAUGCUGUAUGUCAAGCUGUAUUGGAGAAGAUGGGUGCACCUCUUAUUUCCACAAGUGUGAGGUCACCAGAGGAAAACCGAUGGAUAAUUGACCCGGUGUUAAUAGCUGAUGCAUACGGACCGGAGGGUCUUAAUUUUGUAAUUGAUGCUGGGGUUAGAGUGGCUAAUCCAUCCACUGUUGUGGAUAUGAUAAAGAUUCCCCCGACAAUUAUUCGUCAAGGGAAGGGUCCUAAACAACCGUGGAUGGUAGAAGAAGAAGGAGAAGAUGGUGAUGAAGAAAGAGAUUCGAUUUCAUCUACUGCAUAGUUAACACUCCUUGUACACCUGUAAAUUGUGAAGCUUAGAAUCUACUAAUUGAAUCCACAAUAGCCAAUAGGAGUUUUGGGUGGAAAAAUCUUUUGAAAAAUAUCCCCUAUUGUGAUAACUUUUUAAUCUACUUGUAAAUUUACAAGAUCAAAUCAAGAGCUUUUUCAAUCA